AUGGAGCCCGAAGAUUUGACUGACCCAGACCUUAAAGCAGCCAUCGCAGCCUCAUUGAGGGACCUUCACGAUAAUGGUGCUGAUCCAGUUGAUGAACCUCAGCAAAAUGUCGUCGAUCUUACUGCAGAAUCAGAUGAUGAUGAAGUCAUUCCUGUUUUUCCAAAGUCCAAAUCAGUUAUUGGGUCUGAUACAGAUGCUGAUGAGGAUGGAGGUGAUGUUGAAGACGAAGACAAUGAAGAUGAAGAUCUGAAGAGAGCCAUUGCGCUGUCCCUGCAAGACUCUGAGGAUACUGAAAAGAACUCACCUGAUCCAUCACACGGUAACAAAGAACAUGGCCCACCCCCAGAGACAGAAAGUUCUGCAGCAGACCGCGCGCCUUCGCAACCAUCUGGGCUUCUAGGCCUAAAUCGAAAGCAGAUGGAGGAAGAACGCCUCGCCCGCAUUGCGAAAAGAAAAGCGGAUGAUGUUGAGGCCAUUGACCAUCGUCAGGCCAAAUAUUCAAAGAAUGAAUCGAAUCAGCUGGCGCGUCAAAGCAGCAGUGGUUUGGUAUCGACAGAAUACGCAUCAAAGAUUGGCGUCCCUCAAGCAAGAUAUGAGUCCGCGAAGUCCAAGCCAGACUUACCCAAUCCUUCUCGGACACCAGCUGUACAGUUCCCAAAGGGAGUUGUCAAAAAGACUUACGCGCAUUACCGCCCACGGACAGGCGACGAUAUCACAAUCGAGGAGGUCUUCCAGAGCAGUGAUCUAGAGCUGGCCGUUUUGAGCUCAUUUCUGUGGGACAUGGAAUGGCUCUUUUCAAAGAUCGAUACGAAACGCACUCGUUUUCUCCUGGUAAUGCAGGCUAAAGAUGAGUUGACGAAACGUCAAUAUGAGGCAGAAACCGCAUCGAUGAGCAACCUGAGACUGUGCUUUCCACCCAUGGAAGGGCAGGUCAACUGCAUGCACUCGAAACUGAUGCUACUCUUUCACCCAAGAUACCUACGAAUUGUAGGUCCGACUGCGAAUCUGACACCAUAUGAUUGGGGCGAGAUGGGAGGUGUAAUGGAAAACAGUGCUUUUCUCAUCGAUCUUCCCCGAAAGGCAACCACAACUGCCGUGGGCUCCAAGACCGCCUUUGAGGAAGACCUGGUUUACUUCCUGAGAGCAAGUACUUUGCACGAUAAUAUUAUUUCCAGGUUCGACGAGUACGACUUCAGCCAGACGUCUCAUAUUAUGCUCGUUCACACCAUAGGAGGGUCACACACUGGAAAUGCGUGGAGAAGAACGGGAUAUUGCGGCUUGGGCCGUGCAGUCAAUGCAUUAGGAUUGCGGACGUCCAAGCCCAUCAAUAUCGAUUUUGUCACAUCCUCCAUAGGAUCCCUCACCGACGAAUUCCUAAGAUCGAUAUACCUCGCUUCCCAAGGAGACGACGGUAUAACCGACUUCACCCUCCGAACCUCCAAGACCUUCCCGGCCCGCAACCCCAACGACACAGACCAGCUCAUUCACAAAAACACCGCUGAAGAAUGGAAAGAUCGCUUCCGGGUCUACUUCCCCUCACAGACGACCAUCGAGCAAUCGCAAGGCGGCCCAGACUGCGCCGGCACAAUCUGUUUCCAGUCGAGAUGGUACGAGAGUCCGAAAUUCCCGCGCCAUGUGCUGCGCGACUGUAAGAGUCGUCGGCCGGGACUUUUGAUGCAUAACAAGAUACUAUUCAUGAGACCGGAUGAACCCAUACGAUUACCAAAUAACGCACUGUGUCAAGGAUGGGCAUACGUGGGGAGUGCAAAUCUCUCAGAAAGCGCGUGGGGCCGUCUCGUCCAAGACAAAACAACCAAGCAGCCCAAGCUCAACUGCCGGAACUGGGAAUGCGGCGUCCUUGUCCCUGUACUCGACAGAGCGGAUUCAUCGGACAAAGUCUCGAACAACAUCAGUGGCAAAGGAGCAAACGAAUCGGCGGAUAUGCUGGAUGUUUUCAAAGGUACUGUCCCCGUGCCGAUGACGGUUCCUGGGCAACGAUACGGGCCAGGUCUUAAGCCUUGGUUUUUUUGA